AUGACGUGUCGGCGCGAGUGCGCGGUGUGCCUGGGCGAGUACGCGGCGGGCGAGCGCAUCAAGGUGGUGCCGGCGUGCGCACACGGCUUCCACGCCGACUGCAUCGACCUCUGGCUCGCCGCCAAAACCACCUGCCCCAUCUGCCGCCAAGACCUCGCUCCUGGUAAAGCCUCCAUUGCUCCCACCAUCAUCCCCAUCACCCAAGCAGCCUUAACGGCGGAUGAAAUUGCAACCAACGGAGGGGUAGCAGAAGGAACGGGGGGUGAGGGAACAUGGGCAGGGCCGGCGCCGCUACACGAAGCAGCAGCUGCAGCAGCAGCAGUGCGAGAUGAGAGAGCAACAGAACCAGCAAUGGAAUGUGAGAGAAGCGCAGCAGCAGUGGGAGGUGAGAGCGCAGCAGCAGCAGUGGGAGGUGAGACUGCAGCAGUAGCUUUGGGAGCUGUAGGAGGUGAGAGAGCAGCAGUAGCAAACACAGAGCCACUCCUGGUCGCUGAGGGAAGGAGGUGGGCGGCAGAGGCAGACUGA